UCUCAUUGUAACCGUUUUCAUUUAGGCAUGUCUGAGGAACAAAUAGAAGAACUGGAGAAGCAGAUUAGCAGAGAGCUAGAACAGCUGAGACAGGGUCAGGCAGCAGAGAAGCAAAGGCUUAAUGAAGCGCAAAUACAGCGAGAGGAGAAGAGGGCAACAGUCCUGCGACACAGAGAAGAGGAGGAGUUAAGGCACCAGGAGCACUUGAGGAGAGAGGAACCUCGUCUUCUCAGAAAGUUGAUUACGUCACAGACUUCGCUGUCGGACGAGGAGAGAGACAGGAUCAUGGCGGAAUACGAGCGGCACGUGGUGCAGCUACAGCGACGCCUCACGACAGAGCGGCUACGUCAGAAGCAAAUACUUGCCGAGAACCUAGCCACAAGGAGGCGCCAUCUACUGGAGAAAUUAGAGCAAAAAAUAGCAAAGAACGAUGAGAUCGGUCUCAAUGGCAAAAAGUCUGAUGCGGGAACGCAGGCUGCUGAGAUAAGGAAAACAUCUCAGGAGACCCUGGCCCUGUUCUGCGAGCCGCCACGCAACCUGGACGCAGAGCUUGAGAAGGUGAGAGAAGCCAUGUUGAGAGAGCGCACAGAAACCGAGCAGAGACAAGAGGACCAUCUAGGUGCUGUUAUUGCUGAGCUGCAGUUAUCCAAAGCUAAAGAGAUGGUCACCAUCGAAGCUCAGCGGCAGACCAUUGCCAGUCUACGCAGCAGCCUAAUUGAAGACCUACAGGAGACAGGGCUCAUCAACGACACAGAUGCCACACGCAUACUGCAGCAACACCAGCAGCAGCAGCAGAAACUCGACAAAGCUAUGGAGGCAGGACGCUGCAAACAGGAGGAGGUGUUAAGGAGGAAGCUGGAGGACAGGGUAAAACAAAAGGAGACUCGGCUUACGGAUGCUAACGACCACGAGCUCAGCGGAGAACCGGUGAGAGAUAGCUCCGCAAGCACUCAGGUGAAGCAGGUGCAGUCCGAGCUAGAACACCUGGAGCUAUCUGAUGAGCUCAGGCAAAGCAUGGAACAGGAGAUGACACGAGAAUUAUCAGAUCUCCAGCGACAGCUGGAACUGAAACAGCAGCAGUCACUGAAGAAACAAGAGCUAGAGUUGGUUAGAGGCUUGAUGAGGCUGGGACAUUUCAACCAGACGGAGCUGGAGCGGGUGUUGCAGUUGCUGUUCCCUAAACGAUCAGAUAAGAAACUUCAGGCUAUUCUCAAUGGAAUCCGCGACGAACAACCGGAAAGUGUUGGCGAUGAUGGACCGGGAUCCCUGGAAGAUCGAACAACUAUGCUAGAUGUACAGGUGAAGGCUGAAAGCACUGCAACAUCAAAGAAGGCAGCUGAGAACCCUACAGGUUCACGCAGCAAACCAGAAGUUACCACCAGCAAAAAGAAGAAAAAGAAGAAAGCAAAGAAGCAGCCAGACACGAGAACAGACACCGACCUGGCAUCAACACAGCCCAGUGACACAUCCCAAGCAUCUGGACAGAGCUUUGAAAUGACCACCACUGGCUCAUGACACUGUACUGAAGUGUUUGCACAU